GCAUGCCAUGUUUGUUUGUCUGUGAAAAAAUUCAAACAACAACAAAAAAAAAUCUUAAAACAUCUUUGUGUUUGUUCGACAUUUUCUUGUUUUCGUUGAUUCUAUUUAUAAACACAAAUUUUUGCUUGUAACAUUUUCAUUAAAUCUUUGAAAAAAUUCGUUCAGCAUCUUUGAAGAUAUUCUGUGAUAAAUAAUUAAACGAUAAUCACCGAAAUUCGUUGAAGAAAAAAAAACUCAAAAAUGUCUUCCGAAGCAUUUGUAACAUUAGCAACGAAUGAUAAUUAUGCUAUCGGUGCAAUGGUAUUAGCAUCAUCAUUACGUAAAGUUGGUACUCAAAAACAUUUAUUCAUAUUGAUUACCGAUAAUGUUUCCGAUAAAAUUAGAGAAGUAUUGAAUAAAUUUUUCGAUACAAUUCAAUUGGUAAAUUUAUUGAAAAGUCCUGAUCCAAAAAUACUUGAAGCAUUAAAAAGACCUGAAUUAUCAGUUACAUUGACAAAAUUAUAUUGUUGGAAAUUAACACAAUUUACUAAAUGUAUUUUUAUGGAUGCAGAUACAUUAGUUGUACAGAAUAUUGAUGAAUUAUUUGAACGACAGGAAUUAUCCGCUGUACCGGAUAUUGGUUGGCCGGAUUGUUUUAAUUCGGGUGUUUUUGUUUAUCAACCAUCCGAACAAACAUUUAAUAAUUUAAUUGAAAUGGCUGCACGUGAUGGUAGUUUUGAUGGUGGUGAUCAAGGUUUAUUAAAUCAAUAUUUUUCUGAUUGGUCAACCAAAGAUAUUGACCAUCAUCUUUCAUUUAUUUAUAAUAUGACAUUGGCAUCAACUUAUUCAUAUUUACCAGCAUUUAAAAGAUUUGGUAAAAAUGUUAAAGUAAUACAUUUUCUUGGAUCAUUAAAACCAUGGUAUUGUUCAUAUAAUGCAUCAACAAAAAAACUGAAUACAUUUAUUGGUAAUGAUCAUGCACGGGAAUUUAUUGAAAAAUGGUGGCAAAUGAUGGUUGAUAAUGUUCAUCCAGUUAUUGAACAAUUAAAUAUUGUUGGAUCAAUGUCAAGUAUGGCUAUUAGUAAUCCAAAUCAACCAUCAUCAUCCAUAACAACAACAACAGCGGAUGAUGAUCGUUAUCAAGCAUGGCAACAAGGACAAAUGGAUUAUCUUGGUGCCGAUAGCUAUGAUAAUAUACAAAAACGUUUAGAUCAAUCUAUUCAUGGUCAACAAUGAAC